AGAGGUUCAGAGCGGUAUUUACACACCAGAGCACUGGAUUAUGAUCACAGUUUUAUUGCCAUUUAAAACAAUAUUACAUUUAGAAAUGUUUUGUUCUGGUUUUAAACAAACAAUGUGCACGAAAAAACAGUUUCCCCCAUGAGCUAUGCUAAUGCUUCCUCUACAAGGCUUUUAUUCUUUUAUUUUUAUGAGUUAUUUUAUUAACAGACACCAAAUCAAACACUGCUGCAGAAUUUAAAAUAAUAAAAGACAUUUUUUAUUACUUGGGGAAUAGAAUUUAUCAGUGUAUACACAGAAGAAGUGAGAGUACACAAGAGGAACACACACACAAAACCAUAUAUAAAGGUAUUUAUAAAAUUAAACUAGAAAACAGGCAACAUCUUCCACAAUUUAAAAAAAUAAAUGAAUAGAAAUUGGAACAAAUUUGGUUUGUUGGGAAUCGUGUGUGUGUGGCUGUCCUUGUGCAAGGUAUGUGUUGUAUGGGGUGGGCUAUGAAGUGUAGAGCGUGUGUGUGUGGUUAAUGAAGUGUGGAGGGGUGGAGCAUGUGUGGUGUGUGUGUCCUUGUGCAAGGUGUAUGUUGUAUGGGGUGUGCUGUGAAGCGUGUGUGUGUCCUUGUGCAUUGUGCAAGGUGUGUGUUGUGUAGGGUGUGCUUGUGAACUGUGUGUGUGUGUGUGGGGGGUCCUUGUGCAAGGUGUGUUGUGUAGGGUGUCCUUGUGCAAGGUGUGUGUUGUGUGGGGUGUGCUUGUGAACUGUGUGUGUGUGUGAGUAGGUUCAUGUACAAGGUGUGUGGGGUGUACUGUGUGAGGGAGAGAGAGAGAGAGAGAGUUGAGUAGUGCCUGCAGGAGUCUCUCCCCAUAACCUACACUCAGCGUUGUGAACCUUUUGGCUUUCCACACAGCAGCAGCAGCGCGCUCCGAUUUCAGCGUGCAGCGUCAGAGUGUUUUAGGAUGAGGAUGAGGAUGAGGGGAUGAUGCAGCUCGAACACAGGACAGAAAAUGAUGAAGCUGUGCCGAAAGCUGACGCUCGCUGUGUCUGCUCUGUUCUGGAUUGCGGCUCUGCUCUAUGUGAUCCUCCUGAACAACCGCAAAACACCUGAGCAGCUUCCCGACACACACAGAGAGAAGGAGAUAUCAAACACAGAAUGGGAUGAUCUCCUGGAUGAGUUUGAGGAGAAGAGCUACCUCAACACUCACCGGUGGAAACCAGGACAAGAUCCUUACAGCCAGUACGCCUUCAAUCAGAGAGAGAGCGAGAGGAUCGCUAGCAACAGAGCGCUUAAAGACACCCGACAUCCCCGCUGUACAUCACUACGCUAUGACCCGGAGCUGCCGUCCACCAGUAUUGUGAUCACGCUCCAUAACGAGGCUCGCUCGGCUCUGCUGCGCACUCUCAGGAGCGUGUUGAAUCGGACACCUGUGCAUCUGAUCCAUGAGAUCAUCCUGGUGGAUGACUUCAGCGUGGAUCCUAAUGAUUGUCUUCUUCUCACCAAGUUACCGAAAGUCAAGUGUCUUCGCAAUAAACGAAGAGAAGGGUUGAUCAGGUCCAGGGUUCGAGGAGCAGAUGCAGCAGAAGCAGAAGUCCUCACCUUCCUUGAGAGCCACUGUGAGGUCAAUAAAGACUGGCUGCCUCCCCUGCUCCAGAGGAUUAAAGAGGACCCGAGCCGUAUCGCCAGUCCAGUGAUCGACGUCAUCAACAUGGACUCGUUCGCCUACGUUGCUGCUUCCUCAAACCUACAGGGCGGCUUUGACUGGAGUCUCCACUUCAAGUGGGAACAGCUAUCUGCUGAGAAAAGAGCCAAGAGACUCAACCCCACUGAACCCAUUCAGACACCGGUUCUGCCUGGAGGACUGUUCGUUAUCAACAAAUCCUGGUUCAACCACUUGGGGAAGUUUGACACGGCCAUGGAUAUCUGGGGAGGAGAGAACUUCGAGCUCUCCUUCAGAGUCUGGAUGUGUGGAGGAAGUCUGGAGAUCAUCCCCUGCAGCAGAGUCGGCCAUGUUUUCCGCAAGAAACAUCCAUACAUCUUCCCAGACGGCAGUGCCAAUACUUAUAUAAAGAACACCAGACGUACCGCUGAGGUUUGGAUGGACGAGUAUAAGAUCUACUAUUUCUCCGCUCGACCUGCGGCCAGGGGCAAGUCCUAUGGAGACAUUCGUGGUCGACAAGAGCUAAGAAAGAGCCUGAAGUGCAAAUCUUUCCAGUGGUAUUUGGACAACGUCUAUCCCGAGCUGAAAGCUCCAGAUGAGUCACAUUCAAAACCCGGACUGAUCCAGCAGAGACAGAACUGCCUCGAAACCCAGCAAGUCGAGGGACAGGAAGUUCCGCUUCUCACACUCACCCCAUGUGUCAACUCCAAGACGGCAAAGCAGGAGUGGAUCUACACACACGGACAGCAGAUUCGCCAGCAGCACCUCUGCCUGUCCGUCUUUACCCCGCUGCCUGCUGCACAGAUCUUCCUCACGCCCUGCAACAUCAGUGACAGCAGACAGCGCUGGCAGAAAGCAGGAACCCACCUGGAGCACCAGGUGUCACACUUCUGUCUGGACAGUGAGAUGGCUCUGGAUGGUAUGGAGAGCAGCAGGAUGUUGGUGAUCAGCCCAUGUGAGCUCUCAGUGCAGACACAGAGAUGGGAAAUGCCUUUCUCCUGACCCUGAGCUUCUCCAGGUCACAGCGUGAGAGAGGCUCCUGUGUGGAACUGCAGGGACAAAGACAAACAUCUGCUGCAACUGUGGUCACCUCCAUCAUCUGUAGCUGAAGAGGAUCCCUGAAGUGUCACAGAAAAGAAAUGAGGAGCUGGACAUGUGUUCGAACCCGAGCAAGAACUUUUGAAUAACAAUGGGGAACUAAGAAGUACAGAAAAUGCACACACACACACACACACUGUGCCGUGAAAAUCAUUUCCUGAUUUCUUCUGUUUUUGCAUAUUUGUUAAUUUAUUUUAAGUACUUUAAGUAAUUUAUUUAUGUAAAAAUCUUCAAACAAAAAACACAAACUGCAGUUUUUAAAUAAUGUAAAAGAAAACUUGCUCUUCUUAUGUGGUGAAAAAGUAAUUGCCCCCUUUGUUACUCAAUCCGCCUAACUAAAAUGUAAGCAUUUCUAACUGCGUCAGCUGGACUGGACACACUGAGAGUGUAUUACUGCUGGAUCUGAACAUCAGAAUGAAGCCAAACCAGUGCUGACCAACAGGAACAUGAGUCUCACAUUUGUCAGAAACACCUCGUUGACCUCAAGGCCAUUAAGGAUAAAGAUCUGUGGACUGCUGAGUUUAAAAUGGACCUAACACAGCGUUCCACAAUAAGAGCAUCAGUGAAACGUGGUGGUGGUGAUGGUGGUGUGAUGAUGUGGAGAUGCUGUGCUGCUUCAGGGCAGCUUUCCAUAAAUUCUUGCUCUCUUUCAGGAACAUCCAGGCAUCAGUCAAUGAUCUGAAGCUGAAGCUCAGUGAAGUUAUGAAGCAAGACGACGAUCUGAAGCACAAGAGGGAGUCCACAUCUGAAUAGCUCAAGAGUAUGCUGAUGUGAAGCCCAGUGAGAUGCUGGUGCAGAACCUCAAACAGACACAGCAGCUCACACCGAUCUCACCAGUGCAGCUGAAUUAAAGCAUUUAUCUUCAAGAUUUAGUGAUAAGGGGCAAAUACUUUUUCAUGACAGUGUAUAUAUAUAUAUAUAUAUAUGUGUGUGUGUGUGUGUGUGGUAUUAAUCUUGGUCAUCCCGAAGCAUUAUGCAAUAAAUCUGCUUGUACUGUACA